CCCUCGUUUCACAUCGCGGCCUUUGGCGCGCGUGCCCCUCGCAGCUUUACGGCAAGGUGGGUGGGGGGUUGUUGGCGACGUUUCGCGAUGGCAGACGCUGGCGAGCCCGGCACCUCAGCGUCGCUCCGCUCCCGCUUCGACGGGGCCGCCUCCCGGGUGUCCGUGCUGGCGUCCAGCCUGCCCAGGGACGCGCUGCUGCAGCUGUACGCGCGGUACAAGCAGGCUUCCAUUGGCAAAUGCAACACAACUAAGCCAGGCUUGUUUGACUUUGAAGGCAAGCAAAAAUGGGAGGCAUGGAAUGCACUGGGAGCCAUGUCAAAAGAGCAGGCUAUGACUGAAUAUCUCGCUCUAGUCAAUAAACUGGAUCCCCAGUGGUCGGAGCAGGUGAAUUUGGAAGGGAACCGCAAAGUCACGUCGGGCUUUGGCCCCGUUAUGAGCUCACUCUACAAGGAGGAGAUCAUCAGGGAGGAGGACAAGACUGUAUUUGAUCAUUGCAAAGAUAAUGAGGUGAACCGACUGGCAGCAGCCCUCAAACAAGAUGCCUUUGACAUAAACCAGCGAGAUGAGGAGGGACGCACACUGCUCCACUGGGCCUGUGAUCGCGGGCACCUUGAGACGGUGGAACUUCUGUUGAAGCGUGGCGCAAAUGUCAACUCGCAGGACGAUGAGGGACAGACAGCUCUGCAUUAUGAGCAGCCACCUGUAGAUUGCCCGAGCCUCAUGCUGUACCUGAACACGCGUCGGCUAACGACAUGCCCGUAUGCCCUGCCCCCUUGCUCAAUGGGACAAGCGUGCGGCUGCGACUUCCCAGCCGCCGUUCGUCUUCUCCUGGCAUUUGGUGCCGACCCAUCGAUCCCCGACUCGGAGGGGACGCUACCCUCCCAGCUGGCCGACACCGCGCAGACCGCACAGGCUCUCACGCAGACGGGAUAGCACCGCCCACACUCGCCCACAGGCAGGCUGCCUCAACACGGCAAUCAACGCUACUCUUCUCGCACCACAGACGUGCGCUCGCUUUGGAUGGCAGAUGCCCGAUUGGGCUGGCACCAUCCGCGUGUUCACGCAGACUCCCACCAGCACCACAGGCCGUGUUUGUGUGACCGGUUUUGAGUAGGUUGGGCACGGAUACUGCUAUCGUCCUUUUAUCCACCCUUGAUUGGACCUGGUUUAUGAGUGUUAGAGAGUUGAUGGUCUCAGCCUGGUCACCAAUGGUCACUUAAUUUGGAAUAUUAAAGUUUUGAUUAAUAUAUGAACAUCACCGUUACGGCAAAGCACUCUUGCGGGUCAUGCAGCAUUGCAACUUGUGACUUCGCAGGAAGAUCCGUGAUGUCACGUUCCAGUGCCAUUCUCGGACAGUGCGUAAUGUUGCACGGCUCGCUGUGAGAGUUUUCGAAAGGUCAUUGCUUUUCUCAAGAGCGCAAUGGCUGUACACAUCAAACGGAAUAUAAAUGGGAGAGAAAGAACCUCGGCAUCGGUGGCUGGGCUUGUCACCUGCUCCGUGACCAAAGUGGCUUAAAGUUCCAUUUAGUCUAGUUUAAUAGUCUCUUGUUACGUUUCAUUUUAUCCCCUUCAAGUUUUUUUUUUUAAUCGAAGCUUUUCUGAGUUUGAAACUAUUACAAGUGCGCAGCGCAUUGUUACCCACCUGCAGCCACCAAGGAGCUGGGGUUUGUUUUUGCCAGUCAUUCAAAUUAAAACAAAGAUACCCCGUAUAGCCUAAACAGACUGUUGGGGCAAGUGCUGGUAGCGAGUAGCACCUAUGAAGGCCAGAACGGCACAUAAAGGGGGUGGGUGGCCAGCACCACGCCCG